ACUGUGAGCUUACUCAGAAAAUCAAACAUGACUCUUGCUUUUUUAAUUUUUUUUUUUCAAAAUUCAAAAAGUCUUUCAAAUUUUAAUCCAUGAAGGAGGAAAUCAAAGUAUUCGAGUUGGACUCUCCCCUUUGCUCCUUAAGGUCUCUCAGAGUCUCAACUCUCAAACACCAAGAAAAAAGGAGUGCAAUAGGCAGAAAACCCUAGCAAAGCAAUGCCGGAGCUUCCAGAGGUAGAGGCAGCAAGAAGAGCGAUAGAAGACAACUGCUUGGGGAAGAAGAUCACGAAAGCGAUUAUAGCUAAUGACUCUAAAGUCAUCGAAAGAGUCUCCGCCUCGGACUUCGAGUCCUCUCUCUUAGGCAAGACCAUAGUCUCCGCUCACCGGAAGGGGAAAAACCUUUGGCUCCACCUCGAUUCCCGUCCUUUUCCUUCUUUCCAAUUCGGGAUGGCUGGUGCCAUUUAUAUAAAGGGCGUUGCUGUUACAAAGUAUAAGAGGUCUGCUGUAAAGGACAAUGAUGAAUGGCCUUCCAAAUAUUCAAAGUUCUUUGUUGAACUAGAUGAUGGUUUGGAGCUGUCUUUCACAGAUAAGAGGCGAUUUGCUAGAGUCCGCUUGCUCGAAGAUCCUACUUCUGUGCCCCCAAUAUCUGAGCUUGGUCCUGAUGCACUGUUCGAGCCUAUGACAGUUGAUGAGUUUACAGAAUUCUUAAGCAAGAAGAAGAUUGCCAUUAAAGCUCUAUUGCUUGAUCAGAGUUAUAUCUCAGGAAUUGGCAACUGGAUUGCAGAUGAAGUGCUAUACCAAGCAAGGAUUCACCCUCUGCAGGUUUCUUCCAGCUUGUCCAAAGAAAACUGUGCAACUUUACACAAGUGCAUCAAGGAGGUUAUUGAAAAAGCAGUUGAAGUUGGGGCAGAUAGUAGUCAUUUCCCUAGUAAUUGGAUAUUUCAUUCUCGUGAAAAGAAGCCUGGCAAGGCUUUUGUUGACGGGAAGAAAAUUGAUUUUAUCAGUGUUGGUGGCAGGACAUCAGCGUAUGUACCGGAGUUGCAGAAGUUGAGUGGAACACAAGCUACAAAAGCAGCAGGUAAACCUAGGAACAGGCUUCUAAGAGAAAAGGGUGAGGAUGAGGAUAUCGAUGAAGAUGGCGAUGACGGGGAUGAACCAACAAGUGAGGAAGAGGAAAUGACUAAAAGUACCAAACCAAAAAAAGGAGGAAACCCUAGAGGUCGUGGUAAAAAGCCUCCCAUGAAAAGAAAAACCGAAGAGAGUGAUGAUGAUAAUAGUGAUGGUAGCAGCGAAGAGGAUGACGAAGAUUCAAAAAAGAAAGCUGGAAAGGUUAAAACUAAUACAAGUAACAAACAAGCGAAGACUGCAAAGACAUCCCAGAAAACAGACAGCACUCAAAAUGGUAAGAAGCCGAAGAAGAGAGCAAAAUAGGUAGCUGAUGAGACAUCAUUGACAGCUCCAGAAACGCCUGCCCAAGUUUUGUAACAAUGAAAAGGCAGUGCGUUGCGUUCUUGUAAGUAGUAUUAUUGGCUUAACCCUGUUUUAUAACAACUCUUGGGUAAAUUCUGAAAUUGUGGCUACCUUCUACUCUAUCAAUAGCUGCUGGAUCUGAUUGCUGCUUGUUGUUUU